AUGAAGCGUUGAGCAGGUCGUGUUGCCGUGGUAACGGGAGCCAGUUCUGGGAUAGGAGCGGCCAUCUCCCAGGAACUCGUCAAGAAAGGGCUCAAAGUGGUCGGACUGGCGCGCAGAGUGGACAGAGUUGAGGAUCUGAAUAGUACUCUGAAGUCAGCACCAGGGACGCUCUAUGCACUGAAAUGCGAUGUUACAAAUGAAGAAAACAUUAAGGAAACUUUUAAGUGGGUGAAAGAGGAUCUUGGAGGAGUUGACAUUCUUAUUAACAACGCAGGAGCAGACAGUAACAACAGUCUGCGUGAAGGUCCUGUAGACAGCUGGAGGAAGAUCCUAAAUCUUAACGUUCUUGGUCUCAGCAUAUGCACAAAAGAAGUAAUUGAGUCCAUGAACGAAAGAGGGGUGGCUGGCCAUAUUAUUCAUAUCAAUAGUAUUGCGGGACACAUAGUUCCACCUCCCCAAGUCCCACUCUAUAUGUACUCUGCAUCGAAACACGCCGUCACGGCACUAACUGAGGGGCUUCGUCGUGAACUGCUGAAGCAGAACUCAAGGAUACGGGUUACUAGUCUGAGUCCCGGAUUAGUGAAGACUGAAUUCGUGAUUGCUUCUGGUUCAAAAGCUCUGAAACCGCAAGAAUUAUACAGUGGGCCCGCCCUGGAGAGUAAGGACAUCGCUGACGCCGUGCUCUAUGUACUGGGAACACCCCCUCAUGUUCAGAUCCUUGAACUGAUCAUCAAGCCUGUGGGAGAACUUGUUUAAUUUUGGUGACAUCAUCUUGAAAUUAGCACAUUUUUUAUACGUAAGCACAAAACAACUUUGUCAUGUAAAACUGUUUUCGAUUUCCACAAAAUGUUCACUAAUAUUUAAUACUACAUUUAUUUCCCAAUAACAAACACCAGCGUAAUGCUUUUGGUAACAUUCCGUAUAUAAUAGGAGCAGCAUGAAGUACUAAUUUUACCAAAAUCAUUACCUUAUUACAGCACAAAUAAUUUAUAAGGAGAUAUAAGAUAUUUGUAGUUUACACACAGACGCAAACACACCACAAAUCACAACUCUGGUAUGGAUCUUAUAUUUCUAUGUUUUAUAAAUAUUUUCUAUUUUCCAAACUCUUUUUCAUAUAAAUAAUUAAUAAUUCGAAUGUCAAUUAAUUGUUUCACAGACUACAGAACGACUAAAUACAAAACAAGACGAACAACAAAA